AUGAAGGUAGCAGGUUCCGUCGCCCUCCUGGGCUUGAGUGCCCUCACCCAGGCCCAGAGCACAUUCACAAACCCCGUCCUGUGGGAGGAUCUGGCCGACAUCGAUGUCAUCCGCGUCAAUGACACCUUCUACUACUCUGCCUCGACGAUGCACUACUCCCCCGGAGCCCCCGUCCUGCGGUCCUACAACCUCGCAGACUGGGAGUACAUCGGACACUCCGUCCCCGAGCUCGACUGGGGCUCCGACUACUCCCUGGAAGACGGCAAACGGGCCUAUGUGCGCGGCAUCUGGGCCUCAACCAUCCAAUAUCGACCCAGCGACCAGACGUUCUUCUGGCUGGGCUGCAUCGACUCCAGCACCACGUACAUCUACACCGCCGACACGCCCGAAGGGCCGUGGGAAAAGAGCGGCACGAUCCCGCGCUGCUACUACGAUGCCGGACUCCUCGUAGACAGCGACGACACGAUGUACGUCGCCUACGACAAGUACAACAUCUCGGUCGCGCAGCUGUCGCCCGACGGCCUCAGCGAAGUCAAGAGCGAAGUCGUGUACCGCGCGCCCGCCGACAUCGGCUAUCUUGAGGGCGCGCGCUUCUACAACAUCAACGGCGCCCACUACAUCUGGCUGACCCGGCCGGCGAGCGACCAAUUCGUGCUAAAGUCCACCUCCGGCCCAUUCGGCCCCUACGAGCUGCGCGAGGUUGUCAUCGGCGUAAACGCCCCCGUCGCUGGCGCCGGCAGCCCGCACCAAGGAGCCCUGGUCGACACCCCCGACGGCGACUGGUACUAUAUGGCGUUCAUCGACGCGUACCCGGGAGGUCGAAUCCCGGUGCUGGCUCCGGUCGAAUGGGACGAGGAUGGCUGGCCGUCUGUGACGCUGGACAGCGGGGCCUGGGGAUCAUCGUACCCUCUCCCCUCCGUGUCCACCGACAAGACCGUCUCCCCGAUCCCGACCUCCUACACAUUCGAGGAGUCAACCCUUAGCGCGGAGUGGGAAUGGAACCACAACCCGGACAACAGCAAAUGGAGCCUCGACAACGGACUCAUUCUGCAAGCAGCAACCGUAACGGACGACCUCUACGCCGCGCGCAACACCCUAACGCGACGAAUCCCUGGCCCGAAAUCCAGCGCCAUCAUCCACCUCGACAUCUCAUCCAUGACGAACGGCGAUCGCGCCGGGCUGUCCCUCUUCCGAGACUCAUCCGCAUGGAUCGGGAUCCGUCGCGACGACGGAACCUCCCGAGUCAGCAUGACGAACGGACUGACCAUGAACACCGACUGGAGCACCAAAUCGAAGGGCAGCGAGGAAGCAGGGGCUGAUGUAUCCGGAGACGAGAUCUGGCUGCGCGCGACGAUCGAUAUCACCCCCGGGACGGGCCGGAAGGGGUCGUUUGCGUAUAGCACGGACGGGACAUCGUUCACUGAUUUAGGGGGUGAGUUGACGCUGAAUAGCGACUGGCCGUUCUUUCUGGGGUAUCGGUAUGGGAUCUUUAAUUAUGCGACGGAGGAGCUGGGUGGGAAGGUUACGGUGAAGAAGUUCGAGCUGGGGUCUGAGUAG